AGGGUCCAGGUGCUGUGCCAGGACAUGCCACCCUUCUGGUGUCUCAUCUUUCUUGGGGGCCUCCUGCCACCUUCCCAGGGCCUCCUCAACCUGCUGAACCCAGCACAGCUCAGCAGUGGCCUGCUUGGCUCUGGUCUCAUCGGUGGAAAAAGUGGUUUGCCUGGCACAGGUGAAGGCGGGCUGCUUGGCACUGGCCUCCUGGGCAAAGGAAGUCCAAGUGGAGCAGAGAGUGGAGGUGCCCUUGGUGCAGGAGGACAACCUGGCAGCAACGGGCUGCUUGGCACAGGCAUCCUUGGUGGGGAAGGACUUGGAACUGGAAUCCUUAGUGGGAAAGGACUUGGAGCAGGAAUCCUUGGUGGGAAAGGACUUGGAACUGGCCUCCUUGGUGGAGAAGGACUUGGAACAGGCCUCCUUGGUGGGGAAGGACUUGGCAGCAGUCUCCUCAGCAAUGGUCUCCUCGGCAAUGGCCUCCUUGGCAAUAACAGCCUUCUUGGAGAGACAGGUCUGCUUGGCACAGGGCUGCUUGGGAAAGGAGGCCUCCUAAGCAAUGGAAGUCUGCUAGGACUGGAUGGUCUUCUUGGUGAAGCAGGAGGACUCCUGGGUGGAGCAGGAGGACUCCUGGGUGGAGCAGGAGGGCUGCUGGGCGCAGGAGGGCUGCUGGGUGGAGGAGCCUCCCAGAAGAUGACACGCUAUGCCUGGUUGAAGGUGCUGAACCUCGAGAACGCCCGAGUGUCAUGGAAGGUCCUUCAUGGGACUGAGCUGGUGCUGAACCUGUACUCGAAGCUGGUGCUCCGCUUUCCAGGGAUUUUUCAGUUUCUGAGUGGAUCCUCAGUAGAAGCAAACAUCACAUCACACAUUGCUGUGACUCAGGACACCCCUGGUGACCUCAAGCUGGUGCUUAAGGAUUGCAACAACCUCCUUGGCGGCUUCAGCGUCAGCCUGCAGAAGGGCCUCCUCACCAAUCUGGUGAGCAGCUUGCUGAACAAGUCUCUUAAGUCCCUUGUCCCUGCACUGCUCUGCCCGUUAGUGAACAUCUGGGUCAGCAUCAUCAACAUUAAUCUGCAAUUCCUCAACCGUGUCAUCUCCUUUGGGCUUCUGGGGAAAAUCUACUCUGCCCUCUCCAAACUGCCAGUGACAGCUGGGCACUACGUGGAGCUGGAUCUGCAGAAUUCCCCAUUCCCAAGCACCUUCAUCGACUGGCUCCUUCAGACCGCAGGUGUCGAUCCCGGGAUCAAUCCAUAGCUGCAGGACUGGCAGCACCCUGGGGUGCCCCUGCAGGCGAUUCUCAAGGAGGAGGAGGGAAGGGAGGAAAAUGACUCAGUAGGUGGAGAAUAGAUAUGAAAAUGGAGAAACCCAACCAAGAAAAGACUCUUUCUUCUGCUCUACCUUUCAGCCUUCUCAGAUUUUGGUGUCUCUGUCCAGCCUAGAGUUAUCUGUGCCAAUCAUAACCUGUGCCAAUUGAUAAUGGUGAGCUAUGCUGUUAAUUAGCCAUAUUGAUAAUUAGUUAUGUCAAUGAUCAGCCAUGUUGAUGACACUGUGACUGUGGAGGCAGGAGGCUCAGGUCUUGCCUGUGUCUCUCCUGGCUGUCGUGGCCACAAACCACUUGUUAUGGCACUCACUGAUGAAGGGAUGACCUUGAUCUCUGGUUUUUCCUCACACUCACCCCAGCUUCCCUUGGGCUGGGGUUUAGGCCAGGUAAUGGCUCAGCACAGAGGGGACAUUCCAGGUGCUGGAUGCAGUCAGGCAGGGGUUUGGUCCCCUCAGAAAUUUAAUGAGUUUGCACCAACUGCACAAAUCCUUCUGAGAAGGGAAGAAAGGAAAGGGACGAAUUCAAUGAGCUGUAAACACUUUGUCUUUGCUCUCCUUCUGCUUCUUGAUUGGCUUACCAUUUCAAAAGGGAUUUUUGCUGUUUCCAGUGAUUUCGUACUGAAAAGGAGGCAAAAAAGCCCCCAGCCUAAUCCAGGCGCACACUCAGCUAUUUGUUCCCAAACAGCAACGCUUUGAACUGAUCAGAGUGAACGCUAUCCUGCCUUGUAAUCUCCAAGUGGAUUUGGAUGUGCUGCAUUGUGGGUGAGGUGGAUUUGAGGCAGAUUCACACCCUUCUGUUACUCCUUACAAUAAAAAUGAUUUUUCUUC